CUCUCCGAACGCUGCUUCAUAAGAUUGACAACGAUGAGUAUCCGAUAUAUAAGUCAAAAGUUAGCUCAACAGAUAGAUGAAGAACUCAUGUCAUCUAACACUUACGCUUUCUCACUUGAUCAAUUGAUGGAACUUGCUGGAUUAUCAUGUGCUCAAGCUUUAACUAAGAGUUAUCCUGUCAGUUCUCAUAAGAGGGUUAUGGUUUGUUGUGGACCUGGGAAUCAAGGCGGAGAUGGUUUAGUAGCUGCUCGACAUUUACAUAUGUUCCGAUACGAACCAACAAUCUUCCUUCCUAAACCUGGUAAUAAAGAUAUAUACCAACGGCUUCUUAAACAAUGUCAGAAUUUGAAUAUACCGAUUUUGAAAGAAGUUGAGGAAUUUGAGAAAAAAUUGGGGGUUAGUGAUUUGAUUUUGGAUGCUAUAUUUGGAUUCUCGUUCCAACCACCCGUUCGCAAACCUUUCGAUAGAGUCUUGAGAUCAUUAAAGAAUUCCGGUUUACCCAUUGUGUCGGUUGAUAUACCUUCUGGGUGGUCAGUGACGGAUGGUCCUCAACCGUUGUAUACUCAGGAAGAUGAACAAGGCAAAAGCGAGCCUGUGGAAACUAUCGACCCUGAGGUACUUGUGAGUCUCACAGCACCGAAAGAAGGUGUGAAGGGAUAUAAAGGUCGACAUUGGUUAGGAGGACGAUUUGUGCCCGACUCUUUAGCAGAAAAAUACAACUUGAAUCUACCAGAAUACCCAGGGGUGGACCAAGUGGUCGAGUUACCUCGGGCCUAGAUGCACGUCGUGCCAGAAAUGCAGAUCUUUGUGUUGUACUGGGCUAUGUAGAUCUUUCCCU